CCCGGCGCGCCCCCGCGCCGCGGAAGUGACGGCACGGCGGCGAUGGCGGCGCGCAGCUCCAUUCCGGCUUUCCACUGGACUACAAACUGAUCUCCACCGGACCGGCUGGGCUUCGGGGGGAAACUUCUCCAGGACCGUCUCGUCUUCGGAUGCCGGGCGGACCGAAGCGGCCCUGAAGCGGUGCUCGUCAGCGGAGGCUCCAGCGGGUGUUUUUGGGGCUGUUUUUGUCCUCGGUUCAAGGUGGUCACCCUGUCGAGCUAGCGGUUAGCUCCGGGGAGCUAACGUGCUAAGCUGCAGAGCUGCAGUCGUCAUCCAGCGGGGUUUCUCUCCACCAAGUCUCCACCACCACAAUGCUGCUCGUUUAAUGCAGUUGGAGCCGCAAGUGUGCAGAGCGAGGUCCUCACACGUUUGCUCGGCCUCUGGUAAACCCAGCUGCUACUUUUGGCGGCUAAAAGACUUUAGUUUCUUUUGUUUUUUUUCUUCCUGUCUUGAACUGUGCAGCAAGUCGUGUCUGUAAUCGCAGCAGCAGCAGCAGCAACUCUGCUGGAGAGCCUUUUGCCUGUGAGUUUGAGUUGCUGUGGGGUUUCAACAUGCUGAAGACCCGGCAGUGUUUGCUCGGCAUCCGCACUUUCCUCAGCGUCACGUCCAGAUUAUGGGGCUUCAUCAUGUACAUCCUCAGGAAGCACCUGCGAACGAUAAUCCAGUAUCAGACGGUGCGAUACGACACCUUGCCCCUGUCACCCAUCUCCAGAAACAGACUCAAUGCAGUGAAGAGGAAAAUUCUGGUUCUGGACCUGGACGAGACGUUGAUCCACUCUCACCAUGACGGGGUCCUACGACCCACAGUGAGACCUGGCACGCCGCCAGACUUUAUCCUUAAAGUUGUCAUCGAUAAGCAUCCAGUCAGAUUCUUUGUACAUAAAAGGCCACACGUUGACUUCUUUUUAGAAGUGGUGAGCCAGUGGUAUGAGCUGGUAGUUUUCACGGCCAGUAUGGAGAUCUAUGGCUCAGCAGUUGCAGAUAAACUGGACAACAACAGGAACAUCCUGAAACGCAGAUACUACAGACAGCACUGUACAUUGGAUCUAGGUAGUUAUAUUAAAGACCUGUCUGUAGUACACGAUGACCUGUCCAGUAUUGUUAUCCUGGACAACUCACCUGGUGCUUAUCGUAGCCAUCCAGAUAAUGCAAUACCCAUCAAGUCUUGGUUCAGCGACCCUAGUGACACAGCACUUCUUAACUUGUUGCCUAUGCUGGAUGCACUAAGGUUCACUGCUGAUGUCCGCUCCGUCCUCAGUCGAAACCUCCACCAGCAUCGGCUCUGGUGAUUGGCUGAAUCAAGAGGGUUGGGUGUUGUUGACCCGCCUCUUCCUCUCUGCUGGCCUCCAUCCUGCCUUCCAUUCCCACUCAGACGACCCGCCAGCCCUCUCUGAGCCUCUCAGAUGUCUCCCGAGGAGAAGAGGGUUGGGGCGACCGCCUAACUUGGGAUGAUCAGUGCAAGGAUCACCAGAACCCAAAAACUACUGGGGAGGGAGUGGGAGCCAGCUUGUUUUUUUGUUUUGUUUUUUUUCCUUCUUGAUUCUUUAUUUGUAUUUUUUUUUUCCAAAACAAAAUGGAGUCUCUGCCUUAUAGCUCCUGAUACUGACUGUGUGCAUAUGGAGGUAAGCUUGUGAAUGUGAGUUGGAGUAUGCUUGACGUUAGUCAUUUUUAAACUUUUUUGAAAAUUGGGAGUGAGAAAAAGGAACAACGAAAGCAACAAAGACGAUUGAAUAUCAAUAUUUCUUCCUUUUCUCCAUCAUCAUUGCACUUCAGCCUGACAACUCAAUUUACUGUCCAGCCCUCUCAAAAGCAAAUGAGUUGGGAAAACGGAAACCUACCCCUUUUUUCUUUUUUUCAAACAUUUUAUCUCGGCAGUAAUUCGUUUAUUCCUCAAGGUACUUUUUUUUUUUCCUCCCCAGCAAGAAUGGACUGAUUUAUAUAAUGUAAUUAACGGAUCUUUGCUUGCAAAAAACCAUCCAGAUGCAUCUUUUUUUCCCCGGCCAUAACUGUCAGUGUUUUUCCCAAAACUUGCCAUGGGACUCGGUGAUAAGGACUUAAAAGUUGUGAGAGAAAAGAAUGGCUUGUAACAGUACAUGGACUGCCAUGCCGCCUUUCCAUAUCUGAUUGUUUCUCUGAAUCCAUGAUAUAUGAUGAAAUGAAUUUCACACACCGUGACAUUUUGCGCUCUCCCUUUGCCAUUUGAUGCCCUCCUGAUUUAAUCUAAUAGGAAUUGCACUUAUUUUUUUUUCCCUCUGUUUUUUGUUGCAGUUUGUUUUCAGUUUGACUCAAAUUUGCAACCUUGCCUGUUUUUUUUUCUUUCUUUUUUCUGUUUUUUUUUAUUCCAUUCCCCUGACUGUGUGGGUUCAACUAUAAGACCCCUAUCUUUAAAUGCCUUCUGAACAAUGUCAGUCUCGUCAAGGCUCACAGCGGCUUCUUAUCAGCUCUGUCUCCAUGUCUGUGUUACUAAUAAAACACUUGUCAGUAUCAA